GGUUACGCCCGAGUGCAGCCCAAUGUCUUUUACAAUGAACAAUGACAAACAAUAAUUCGAAAACUAUUUUCAAACUAUGCGUUGAGAACCCAUCCAAGGAAUCGGAAAUAUUAUAAAACAAAUUCUGAGAUUCGUCAUUAAAAUCAAGUGAAAUAGUAGAGAAUGAAGGAAAUAUUGUUCUUAAUAUUCGGUUUAGUGUGGAGUUUCAACGAUGCAGUAAGUAUGGAUCAGGUGAAUUAUUCAAAGUGUUUCGAGAGAAAUCGAACGUCAUUUUUUUGCCCCGAUUCCCAACUGCACGAAUUUCCGGAAAAUAUAACAAAAUCGAUUCAGUACCUGGAUUUAACAGGAAACUACUUGAAAAUCAUACCCAGUGAUAUUGGAAGGUUUGUAGAGUUGAAGUACCUGAAUCUAGGAAGGAAUCUAUUAACAGGAUUGCCUGAUAAUUUUAAAGAACUCUGCAAACUGGAAAGACUGGAUUUAAGUAAUAAUGAUAUUCACGAUAUUACGGCCGGAAUUGGAGUUAUCACCAAACUUCCAAAUUUAAGGAUUUUGAAUAUAAAGGGGAAUUCCAUCACAAGUUUGGAGAACUUGGCUAGUGAGGUGGUCAGAGCUGUCGAUGCCAGUCAUUGCUCAAUCACCAAUAUGACGAAUACAUCUCUACUGGGACUUCCCGAUUUGAGGUCAUUGACUUUGGCUGGAAAUCCUCUAAAAACGCUGCAAGACAUUCAGAGUGAAAAACUUAAAUGGUUGGAUUUAUCAACUUGCAGAUUGAAUUAUCUCGUUGCAGAUACAUUCAAGAAACUUCCUGCGUUGGAGUAUUUGAAACUAUCACAUAAUCCAAAACUUGUUUAUAGCACAAGGAAGGAAACUUUGAAACACAGUUCACUCAAAAAGCUUGAUGCUUCAGGCUGCAAUUUAGAUCGCCCAGGAAUUCAUGGCUUACCAUCAUUGACGCAUGUGACUUUAUCGCACAACAUGAUUCACUUUCUUCCUGACUAUAUUUUUGUAAAAAAUGGGGCAUUAAUUCAUUUGAAUCUCAGUUUUAAUGGAUUGUUACGUAUAAAUGCGUGUUCGUUGAUAGGCAUGCCAAAACUAGCACACCUGGAUUUAUCUGGCAAUCACUUGGAGAACAUUUCAGCCUCAGCAUUUCGAGAUAAUAUAGAAUUGAAGAGCCUGAACAUUUCUCAUAAUGGUAUGAGAAACUUUCCCAGGCUGGUAGCGUCUGUAGUCAACCUGGAUCUGUCCACUAAUUUAAUUGAAUACAUACCGAGGGAUAGUCUGAGGAACAUGUGGAGAAUAGACUCCCUAAUUUUGAGCGGUAAUCGACUCGAAAGAUUUGAAACUGGAAUGGCGAGUAGAACUUUGAAAACUUUAAUCCUAAAAGAAAAUGGAAUACUCAGAUUGUCAACUGGUAGCUUAGAAAAUUUGCCGAUGUUGCGAAAUAUCGACUUAUCAGGGAAUAGAUUAACAGAAGGAUUCCAGAGCGAAGUAUUCAGUAGAAAUCCAGAGCUGAACAGCAUAGAAUUGCACAACAACCCAUGGCAUUGUGACUGCAAUCAACUGUUACCAAUCUAUCUCUAUCUCACCCAAUCACCUAUGAAAAGGACCCUUCGGACAUUAAUGUGUCAUAGUCCGAAUGAUAAAUCCGGAUAUUUAUGGACCACCGCUUGUAAUCAAUACUGGACGCAGAGUCCGGGAAAGCGAUUCGAGAGCAAUAGAUCGUUCGUUAUUGUUGUGCUUGGAGUAUUUUUAGCUUUUUUGGUAUUUGCCAGUACGAUUUCUAUUGGACACACUGUAAAAACGAGGAGGAGACAGGCAGAGCUGAGGGUGCGAGAGGCUGAAAGAGCGGAGGCAAGGGAAAGGUUGCUGCUUCAUCGAAGAAGCAGAGAAAUGCAAUCAGCAUCUGAUCGCUCAGAACAGCAGCUAUCUACAAUCAAUCCAGCAGAGUUACUGGGUCCUCCUACUUACGAAGAAGCACUAGAAAUGACGAGAAUUGGUCGAUCUUUGGACACCCUCAAUUAUGUUUCCAGUGGCAGUUUGGGUCACUCGCAUUCAUUUUCAUCUCAAAACGUUUGGGAACGGAAGAAACGGAUGCAGAGGAAAGGGUCACCUAAACGUGCCAGAAGCGAAAAUGACUUAUUAUCUAGAAGAGACGCAAGACCAAGAAAGACCAACCGAAUCAUUAGGAGAAGCCAUUUGAAAUCACCCCCCAAACAAUCCAAUGCAAAGUCCUCCAUCACUCAAACUAUCAUGAUAAAAAAUGAAACCCUCAGAGAACAACGUCAGAUCGACGACCCCACAAGCGAAACCAAUGAAAUUACCACCAAAACCGGAGCAAGAUCGUCAAUGAAUAGAAAGAAAAGACAUCAUCUUAUGCAGAAUGACGGGAAUUCUAGCGAUGAUGAGGAUUCUGAUAAUAUAUCGUUAACGAACGGUAUUAGAAUUGAAAAGUCCCAAUCGAAUGUGCCAGUAAUUGAGCUCCUACGUGAGCCCCGGGGUGGAACUCACAAACGACUGACUCGACAGAGUGUGAGGCCAUUAUCGGAAGCUUCUAAUAGUGCGCAAAUAAUGUCGACAAGUCAAAUAAUUUAAGUGUCUACGAAAAAAGCAAAUACAAUUGAACAUUGACUGCAAUUGCUGAAAUCGUUGUUUAUGAAUUCGAAUUUGCAACAUAAUAAAUGAUAGAAAAAUACAGUAGCUUCUAAUUUUCUUCAUUCUAAUGGAGAUUGUUGAAAUCUGGUUCUAAUUUCAUUAUAAGAUUGUGGGUACAGAAUGAUAUUGUACAAUAACCAUAUAGAAUAUAACUAAACUAUGACUAACUAUGACCUCUGGUGACAGGUGCUGCUAAGGAGGCUUUUCACCCUAGGACGGAAAUUAUUCAUCUGUUGUAGUAUUGUAACGGCACUAGAGGUAAAAUUCGAAGAAUAAGGGAGAGAAAUGAUGACUCCCAAGAUGAAAUGCUUCGCUCAAUUUUUUUAUUGAUUGUGAAAAGAAUCUAAUUUGACAGCGUAAUGUGUGGGAUAAAGGGCUGAAGCACACUAUGACGACCUACAAGCAAAAUUGUGAAAAUGAACAAAAGUAUUUAUUCUGGUUUUUAAAGUGAUUUUUCUGACCAAGAUUAGGGGUUAGAGAUUUUACCACGAAUUCGAAAAAAGAAAAAAAUUUGUGUAAAAAUAAAAUGGAAACGAAAGUGUUUGACUCAUAA